ACUACAUAUAUAUGGGCUUCCUCUGCUAAGGUUGCCAUAACCUGCUCUUUCCGCUUCCUCAAUUUAGCUUAAACAUUAAGAGAAUACUUAUUUUGUUUUCAGUUUCCUAGCUAGUAAAGAAGAAUGGCAGAGAAAGAGCAGCAAGUGCAUCCCCAAGCACCAGCUGAUAAGCAUCCGAGAAGUGAUGAAGAAUCAGCCUCCAGUUUGCAAUCCAAAGAGCUGAAAAGAAAAAAGAGAAUCAAAUAUGCUGUGUAUAUUGCUGCUUUUGCUGUGUUCCAAACUGCUGUCAUCCUGGUUUUUGCACUGACAGUUAUGCGCGUUAAGAACCCAAAGGUGAGAAUUGGAAGAGUCACCAUUGAAACAAUGGAAUCCAAUAACACCGGAGCUGCUGCUUCAUUUGACCUCAAGUUCAUUGCCCAAGUUACGGUAAAAAACACCAAUUUUGGUCAUUACAAAUUUGAUAACAGUACUAUGACAUUCCUGUAUGAUGGUGUAAGAGUAGGGGAGGCUAUUAUUCCUAAGGCCAGGGCCAGAGCUCGUUCGACCAAAAAAUUGGACGUUACAGUGGAAGUGAACUCCAGGGCAUUGACAACCACUGCAGGACUAGACUCUGAAAUGAGUUCCAAUGUAUUGACAUUGAACAGCCAGGCCAAGUUGAGAGGACAAGUGGAAUUGAUGAAAGUGAUGAAGAAAAAGAAAUCCCCAGAGAUGAAUUGUACCCUCACAUUCAAUGUGUCAACAAGGAAUCUCCAAGAGCUAAACUGCGAGUGACAAUAAUAAUUAUGCUUAAUUUGUUCUGGAUUUUUUUUAUUACUUACCGUAUUAUGUGAGACAUUAUACACUGUAAUAUAUAAUUUUAUUUUUGUAUGUAUACGUACAUCUUCUUAU